AUGUGGAUCAAGAGCACGCCACUGUCAGGAUACAUUUUCGCCGCACAGCGUUUAGGAAGUGAGUUUGGCGCACGCGUCUAUCUUUUUCUAGGUUCGCGAGCUUUUCUUCUGAAAGGCCGCGUUGCGGCGCGGAGAGCUUCAGCGUGCAUUGGAUUUGACAAUAGAAUCUUUAGUUACGAGGUACAAUUACCACUAUCAACCCUAUUGAGGUAUGCUAUGGCUCAUGCACUUGUCGACGAGCAGGGUCUAGCCCAAACAAUGACACCUCCCUCUGUCGUCAGCUUCGUGAUGUCGGCAUUUAAACCUGAAUGA